AUGUCCGAAGCCGCAGAUAUUGCCGUUGUGUCAUUCGAUAAAUUCAUCAACGGUGGCGAUGCAGAGAAACGCGCCGUAGCUAAGCAACUGUACGAUGCAUUCUCGACCGUAGGCUGGGUGUACCUAAAAGAUCACGGUAUUCCACAAGAGCGAGUUGAUGAAAUAUUCCGUCUCGCCAAGACCUUCUUCGACCUCCCCCUCGAACAAAAACGUACCUGGCGUCUCAAAGACGCCGAAAUCAAUCAAGGCUACACCGGCGAUGGCGACGAAGCAAACGGCGGCGUUGAUCAUAAAGACUCCGACCUGCCCGCUUUCCGCGAGACCCUCGACUCCUUCUACGCGCAAUGCCACUCCCUCGGCAUGAAUGUGUUGAAAUGUCUCGCCAUCGCCAUGGACCUGGGCGACACCUUCUUCGACAACAUCACAAAGCGUGCAGACCCACAACUCCGCCUCAUCCACUACCCGUCGAUUGAGAAAGCGAUCGUAGAGCAAGAAGGCCACGCGCGCAUCAUCCCGCACACUGACUUCGGCCUGUGCACGCUGCUCUUCCAGGACAACGUCGGCGGGCUGGAAGUCGACCCAUUCCACACGGGCGAGUUCAAAGCGGCUGUUCCUGUGCCGGGCACAGUGUUGAUCAACAUUGCAGAUUUGCUGCAGAGGCUGACGAAUGAUCGGUGCAGAAGUGAGUGGGGAUGUGCUGCCGAGUAG